GUGUGCAGGAAAAUUUCUCCCCCAAGAGACCUACCCCUCCCCUCCCUGCCUCUCGGCCUCUUAUAUACCACAUACGGUCCCGAAUCCGGCAUAACGUUCCGGGCUCUCAUAUCGAAAACAUCUCAGCAUAACAAGUGCAAAUACAAAAUGGCCAGAUUCGUUGUCCUGUUCCUCGCCUGCUUGGCUUUGGCUGCUGCGAGACAAGUUCGCCGCGACGCCCCAGCGCCAUCCCCCUGGCAAGAAAUUGAGAAGCACGCGACAGAGUUCUCCAAGACCUUCACAGAACAAAUCAACUCUCUGGCCAACUCGAAGAACACCCAGGAGUUCAACAAGGCCCUUAAGGAUGGCUCCGAUACAGUGUUGAAACAGCUUUCUGCAUUCUCAACCUCCCUUCAGGGCGCGGUGAACGACGCAAGCGGCAAAGCCAAGGAAGCUCUGGAACAGUCGCGCGCCAACAUCCAACGCACGGCCGAGGACCUUCGCAAGGCCCAUCCCGAGGUUGAGCAACAGGCCAACGCUUUGCGCGAGAAGUUGGAGACCGCUGUAAAGUCCGCUGUUGCUGAGAGCCAGAAGUUGGCCAAGGAAGUAGCCACCAACAUGGAGCAGACCAACCAGAAGCUGGCCCCUCAGAUCAAGUCCGCGUACGAUGACUUCGUAAAGCAGGCUGAAGCCGUCCAGAAGAAGUUGCACGAGGUUGCCGCCAAGCAGUGAGCACUGCCCACCGAGUGUUGUGAUUGAUAGAUUUACAUUAAUAAAAUAGCUGUAUUCUUUUAUAAA